ACGAAAAAGCUAUUUAACCUCGAUUUUACAGACAGCUGACAAAUGUCAAAAUGUUGCGGUACUGUCAGCGAAUAUAGGAUCCUAAAAAAUUGAAAAUAUUUGUACAUUAUUUUCACCGAUAGACUGCAAAAAUAAAUAAAUAUACGUAUAAAAUGGAAACCAAAGUUGCAGUAGUAACUGGAAGCAAUAAAGGAAUAGGCUUUGAAAUCGUUAAAGGAUUGUGUCAGAAGUUUAAUGGUGUAGUGUACCUCACAGCUCGAAAUGAAGAAAGAGGGCGGCAAGCUAUUAGGAAGCUACGAGAGUUCGAGUUAAAUCCUUUAUUUCAUCUGCUGGAUGUAACAGAUGAAGAAAGUAUAAAAGAGUUCGCUUCCCAUAUUUCAAAACACCAUUCGGGUAUUGAUGUAUUCGUAAACAAUGCCGGCAUUCUGGACUUUGAUAAGUCUGUACCUUCCUAUGAAGACGCUAAGAAAUUAAUCGACACGAAUUUCAUGAGCUUAUUAACCAUAUCAAAAAUAUUAUACCCUCUACUGAAAAACGAUGCACGAAUUAUAAAUCUAAGUAGUGAUUGGGGUUUGUUAUCGAAUAUCAGGAAACAAGUGUGGUUAGAUACGCUCGUAAAGGAUGAUCUUACAGUGGAAGAAAUAUUGCAAUUUGUUAACGAUUUCUUAACUGCUGUGAAAGGUGGUAAAAAUACAUUUGUAUCGUUUGCGGGUCAGCAUGGCGAUUACAAAGUUUCAAAAGUGGCAUUGUCUGCGUUAACCUUUGUGCAACAGAGACAAUUUACUGAACAAGGGAAAGAUAUUUCAGUUAAUUGUGUUCACCCUGGGUUCAUUAAAACUGAUAUGACAAAAGGAAUGGGUGAUUUUGAACCUGAAAGAGGUGCACGAGCUCCACUUUAUUUGGCCCUAGAAGCACCUCAGUCACAGAAAGGCACAUUUGUGUGGCAUGAUUGUCAUCAAGUAAAUUGGGACGAUUGAACAAUCCAAUCAUAAGAUUGUUAGUCUUGCAAACAUGAUAAUCCUGUGAUAAGUGUCACACACACUUUAAAAAUUUGAAUAUAUAAUUUCCUUUCGUUAAAA